AGAGAGAGAGAGAGAGAGAGAGAGAGAGAGAGAGAGAGAGAGAGAUGGAGAGAGAGUUUGUGUGUGUUUAGCAGAUUGUUUGUCCCCUACAGCUACCUUUGGCCCUCAUCCCUCCUAACGGGCCUACGCCUCCUCCCCUUGGUGCUCUACCCAGAACUCCAGCACUGCUCCCCAGCGCAGACCAAUCAGAUGGAAGAAGGUUUCUAUCCAAAACAAGAGGGGACCAGUCAUUUGGGGCUAUUCCAGACUCUAAGUGUUAGAUCUUGAUGAUGAGUGUAGAAAUCGCCCAGCAGAUCGACACGGCAAGAGGGGAAACCACGCUGAACAGUCUUGGCCCCUCCCUCCCUCACUGAAGGAACUGUUACGAUCUACAAGAAGUGACGUCACCCCUUGAUCUGGUCUCCAGUCCUGUCCUCCAGACUGCAGAGUCUGGGUGAGACACACAGAAACAGGAUGGAACACAAAGCUGGGUAUCUGCUGCUGGCUGGCCUGAUGCUGGGAACUUGCAUCGUGGCUGAAUCAUCUGUUGUGGUCAUGCCCGACACCACAUUACCUUCCCCGGCCCUUACUUCUGACGGCAACCAAUCCAGAGAACUAGAAAACCUGCCGGUGCUCCAGCCUUCCGAGUCUGUCCCCACCACGGGCACCUUCACCCUGAAAGACACCAAGGGAAACCUAUGUCUGAAGGUGACCAUGGGAGUGGAGUACAUCGUCAUUGAGAAGAAGAAACCUUCCUACUUUAACUUGGAUCCCAAGGCCAUCCUGGUCAGUGGUUUCUGUACCACAAACUCAGCUGUUCUCUCGCUUGGUUUCUCUGGCAAUGGGGGGAGCCUGACCCUCACCUUCAAAAAGGAAGGAAGCAUGUCCUAUGUGAGUGGCAUGAGUGCUCACAUAACACCUGAACCCUGCAAAGGCUGCCGAAAGAAGGACUAUCCUGGUGUUAUGGCCAAUGAGAAGCUGUUCCUGGCUCCUUCUGGGAGGAGCUUCAAGUGUAACUCCCAGACUACCUUUGUGAUGGCAGAAGAGCUUAAGUUGAAGAUACAACCUCUCCAGGUCCAGGCAUUCACCAUCCCCAAGGGCGGCAAGUUUGGAGAAGUGGUGGAGUGCUGGGCGGACUUCAACAAGCGGGUCAUUCCCAUCAUCAUUGGGGCCGUGGUGGUUGGUCUGCUGCUAAUCGCUGCAAUCUCCUUCCUGGUCAUUCGAGACCGCCGUAGGCAGGGCUACGAGAGGCUGGCAUCUUAACUCCAGCACUCUUACUCUGGGCCAAGUGAUACAGCUCACAGGCAAACAAUCGUUUUUUAUAUUAGCCUAUUCAAACGCAUUAUUACAUAAAUUAUUUAAUAUGCUUCUUUGCCUGUUGCAGAUUGGAUUGCGUCCGAAAUGCAUAACCAUCUUGAAAUGAAAGUAGCAGUGCUCUAAAUGAUUAAAUAAAGAUUUGUCAGUUAUUA